AGGAAGUCACCUAUACUUCUUUUCAAAUCUUUCUUGAAAAAAAAAAAACCAAGAGAGAACACAAUGAAUUCUUCUUCUUCUUCUUCUAAUUUUCUAUACAAUCUCAAUUUCAACACCUCUUCCCUCCCAUUUAACAUAAAUGACUCGGAUGAGAUGUUGCUCUAUGGCCUUCUCGCACAAGCUGACUCAGACACUACCACCUCAGUAGCAAAUAGUACUCCCAUGGCCGAGUCAACACCUUCAUCAAAGGAAAAGAAUUAUAGAGGUGUUAGGCGUCGGCCAUGGGGAAAAUUCGCAGCGGAGAUUAGGGAUUCAACUAGAAAUGGAAUUAGGGUAUGGCUAGGGACAUUUGAUAGUGCUGAAGAUGCUGCUUUGGCAUAUGAUCAAGCUGCUUUUUCAAUGAGGGGUACAAGUGCAAUCUUGAAUUUUUCAGUUGAAAGAGUUGUUGAAUCUCUACAUGAAAUGAAAUUUCAUGUUGAAGAAGGUUGUUCACCUAUUGUGUCUCUUAAGAAGAGACAUUCUAUGAGGAAGGGGAAAUUGAACAAGAAAAAUAAAAUAAGUAGGGAAGUUGUAAAAGAUGAGAGUAAUUAUAAUGUUAAUAUAGUAGUGUUUGAAGAUUUGGGUGUUGAUUAUUUGGAACAACUUUUGAGUUCAAGUGAUCAUAAAAGUACUAGUAAUGAUUAUUGCCAAGAGUCGUGUGGGAUGAAUAAGAUCUCUUCACUUUUUUAAUCAGAAAUUUUGAGUUCGAACCAUGUGAACAAAAAGUUUCAUGCGACAGAUCAAUGAAAUAUGAAUCUCAUAUCAGUGAAGUGUGAGAAUCCUGAACUCCUUAUAUGGCUUGAGCAAUCGUCUUUCCUUAUGAGUUAGACCAAAAUCCAUUUAAAAUGAUGAUAUAAAUCCCAAUUAAUUGACGUCCCAAAGGAAGUAGUGUACAUGGGAUGAAAAACAAAAAUAAAUAGUACUAUACUAAUGUAACUUUUAGUGCUUGAUAAAUCACAGGUCCAUCCAACUUUUUUUUU